AUGAUUUUCGACGAGGUCUUGAUGAACAAAGAUGAUUUUUUGACGAGUUUAACACAACUUGUAACAUAUAUAACACAUAGUAUGAGAGGUUGGUUACGAAUGAUUUUAAAGAAAAAAUAUAUUCGUUCAAUGAUCAAUAUUGCAGCAUCAUGGGGUGGUGCUAUAAAAGCUCUUCGAUUGAUGGCUAGCGAUGAUAAUAUUGAUGUAAAGUGGAGUCAUGUGAGACACUUAUAA